AGCCCUCCUGCCUCCUCAGGGCAGCAGUUCUUCUGGCACUGCAGCAGGACAAUGGCCGACAAUGCCACCAGCGACACCCACACCCCAGGGCCACAGCUCUGGGCCACUGAUAUCAUUAUCAUCACCCUGUAUUUCGCCCUGAAUGUGGCUGUGGGCAUUUGGUCCUCAUGCCGGGCCAGUAGGAACACGGUGAGCGGCUAUUUCCUGGCAGGUCGAGACAUGGCAUGGUGGCCGAUAGGAGCCUCCCUCUUUGCCAGCAGCGAAGGCUCCGGCCUCUUCAUUGGUCUGGCAGGCUCCGGUGCAGCUGGGGGCCUGGCAGUGGCUGGCUUUGAGUGGAACGCCACAUAUGUGCUGCUGGCCCUGGCAUGGGUGUUUGUACCUAUCUACAUCUCCUCAGAGAUCGUCACCAUGCCUGAGUACAUUCAGAAGCGCUUUGGGGGCCAGCGGAUCCGCACCUACCUGUCUGUCCUGUCCCUACUGCUGUCUGUCUUCACCAAGAUAUCGAUCGACCUGUACGCGGGGGCGCUCUUCGUGCAUAUCUGCCUGGGCUGGAACUUCUACCUGUCUACCAUCCUCAUGCUGGUCAUUACAGCUCUAUAUACCAUUGCAGGGGGCCUGGCUGCCGUCAUCUACACGGAUGCCCUGCAGACACUCAUCAUGGUGGUGGGCGCCAUCAUCCUGACAAUCAAAGCUUUUGAGCAAAUAGGUGGGUACGAGCAGUUGGCAGAGGCCUAUGCCCAGGCCAUCCCAUCCAGGACUAUCUCCAACACCACCUGCCACCUGCCACGCAGUGACGCCAUGCACAUGUUCCGAGACCCCCAGACUGGUGACCUGCCCUGGACGGGGAUGACCUUUGGCCUGACCAUCAUGGCCACCUGGUACUGGUGCACUGACCAGGUCAUUGUGCAGCGGUCCCUGUCGGCCCGGGACCUGAACCAUGCCAAGGCAGGCUCUAUUCUGGCCAGCUACCUCAAGAUGCUGCCCAUGUGGCUAAUCAUCAUGCCAGGCAUGGUCAGCCGUGUACUCUUUCCAGAUGAUGUGGGCUGUGUGGUGCCAGCUGAGUGCCUGCGGGCCUGUGGGGCUGAGAUCGGCUGCUCCAACAUCGCCUACCCCAAGCUGGUCAUGGAGCUCAUGCCUGUUGGCCUGCGGGGGCUCAUGAUUGCGGUGAUGAUGGCGGCACUCAUGUCCUCACUGACAUCCAUCUUCAACAGCAGCAGCACACUCUUUACCAUGGACAUCUGGAGACGGCUGCGGCCGCAUGCCGGGGAGCGGGAGCUGCUGCUAGUGGGGCGCAGGAAACUCCAGAAGAGUAGGAAGGCUGAGCUGGUGAUCGUGGUCCUCAUUGGUGUGAGUGUGGCCUGGAUUCCGGUGCUGCAGGGCUCCAACAGCGGCCAGCUCUUCAUCUACAUGCAGUCUGUCACCAGCUCCCUGGCACCCCCAGUCACAGCUGUCUUCCUGCUGGGUAUCUUCUGGCGGCGAGCCAAUGAGCAGGGGGCCUUCUGGGGCCUGAUGGUGGGGCUGGCUGUGGGGGCCAGCCGGCUGGUUCUGGAGUUCCUACACCCUGUUCCGCCCUGCGGCCACCCCGACCUGCGGCCCCCCAUCCUAGGCAGCAUCCACUACCUGCACAUUGCCAUCGCACUCUUCAUGCUCAGCGGUGCUGUGGUGGUGGUUGGGAGCCUGUUGACACCACCCCCUCAGGGUAUACUGAUUGAGAACCUCACCUGGUGGACGUUGACUCGGGACCCAGCAUCCUGGGCCAAAGCAAGUGACUGCACCCGGCAUGCUUUCUGGGCUCGAGUCUGCAGCCUCAACGCUAUCCUGCUCAUGUGUGUCAACAUCUUCUUCUAUGCCUACUUUGCCUGACACCCCCUUUGUGGGAACAGUGAUUUUCCCAGCCCACAGAGGGGCAGCUCCCUAUCAGUAUAUGCCCCAGGCAGUGGUCAGCACUGACUGCCCAGCUGGUGAAUUGGGAGCCCCAAGAAAUGAGGGAGGUCAAUGGAAAAAGACAGGGUGACAUUUCCAAACAGGUACAGUGGUGGUGGGAAUUGGAAAGAAAAUUGGAUCUCUACCA